AUGACAAUGGACAUUGCUGCGAUCUCCAAAGCCGCAGGCGAAGCUGCCACCACUGCUGCUACGGUCGCACUCUCUGCCGGUGCUGGCGUCGCCGCCGCCGCCGCAGCAGGGGCAGCGGCCUCAGGCGCAGUCAUGGCCGCCUCCACCUCUGCCCUUGCCACCAGAGCCCUCUACUUCUCCGACCGCCGUUCCGCUCCCUCCCCCUCCGGCGCCCCCUCCAAGCGCCACAAAGGCGCUGUGUUCAACUCGUACGCGGUGCAGAGACGUAUCGCGGAUAGGGAGAAAAAUAAGAAGAAUAAUGAAGAGGGGAAGGACGAGAAGAAGGGAGAGUUCCCUGUUAAAGAAGAGAGCUUCUAUGAAUAG